AUGAUAUUAACUGGUCAAGAUGGUACUGGCAAAACAUUUACUGUCAAGGAAUGCGUUAAGACUCUUAGAUCUAAAGGUAAAAGUGUAUCAUUAACAUGCUAUACCGGUAUAGCUUGUCUACAAUAUCAAGGUUUGGGUGCAAGAACAUUGCACAAAUUUGCAGGACUUGAGGAUGGAAGAUUAGGUUAUAAAGAGUUGAUUGACACAGAUGAAAGGUUUGAUGACACAAGAGCACCGGCAUUUUAUUUAUCUAUCGACGAAGUUUCAAUGUUUAGUUGUAGAACAUUAGAAAAUGUUGAACAUAUUUGCAGGCAUUUGAAAUGUAGCCACUUUGGUGGCAUGCAAUACAAAAGCGGAGAUUUUUACCAGCUGCCCCCUAUAAAGGAUGAGCUGUAUGGAGAUAGAGGGCAGUACUGUUUUGAGGCUAAUUUCUUUGAUGAUAUGUUUCCUCACCGCAUUAAUUUGUGUUAUGCACACAGACAGACAGAAGCCAAACUUAGAUCAUGUGUAAAUCAACUGGAAAAAGGAAAUCAUAGUGAAGAAACCAAGUCACUUAUGCAAUUUUUAUCUAGACCACUAAGUCCUGGUCGUAAAACUUUUUGCUCGCAACAUAAAUGUGGUAUGUAUAACUACAAUAGGUUGAAGGAAAAUGUUAAUCCUUUACAAAUACUUAUACCUGAUGAUAUGGGAUACAUUCAUUACUUGAAUAAAUUCAUUGUUCCAGAAAGGGUUCCCCAGGAUAUUCCUGCUGACUUUAGGUCCCUGUUGUCUGUUUGGAGAGACAAUGGGAUCAUAUCAUGGGGGCUGAUGAGUGAGAUCCAUUUUCUCAUGGUGGAUAGGAAUCAGUUAAACCUGUGCAGCCAA